AUGUGGACCGCGGUGCCCCGGCUCUCGGCUGAAGGCUCCGAGCGCGGCCCGGGUGCUGACCGCGGCCUGUCGGUUUGGCUUUUUGACAGGGUGAAAUUGGAAGAGGUGGUGGCAGAUGAUUCCGAAGAGGUAGACCACGGCUUCUUCUGUACCACAAGGCAAGACAAAAAAAGGCAUGGAGAAAAGCUGGAGGAGGAAGGAUCGCCUAGAAGCGAAGAAGACAGGCACAAAAGGGAAAAGAAAAGGAAUAAACAUAGUCCUGAGUAUUCCUCUUGUAGGGAAGAAACCUCUGUAAAUAGUUGGGACUCUCAAAAAAAGUACAAGAAAAGAAAAAGGAAGGAAGAAAUUAGUGGAAGAGAGAGACUCACAGAAGGUAAGGAGGAGAGCUCUACUGACCAAUUAAAAAAGCUUAAAAAAGCAGAGAGGGAGAAAGAGUUGGCAACAAAAAGGAAGGAUGGAAAGCACACAAAGGCCACUGGAGCAAAGAUGGGUUUAGAACAGAUGAAUGACAGCUUUUCUCUAAAUUCUGGUAAAAAUAACACCAAAAAAAUCACCACACAAUCCAGGAACAAGAGGGUAGGACCUUCAGAUUCAGAUUCCUCCAGCACAUCAUCUGACACUGACAGCAGCGAAGUAAAUGUAAAGCAAAAUGAAUCUUCCCAUAAACCUGUGGUGGCAACGCUUCCCAGAAACGCAUCCCAAGUUGCUGCAAAUUCUGAUGUGAAAACUGUUGUUUCUGGUAAAGUGACUGCAAAGUCUAAAGCUGAAAACUCCACUAAGACUGCAGUUAGUAAAAAAUCUAAAAAGGCCGAGUGCUCUAGUUCAGAUUCUGACUCAAGCGCAGAGGAUGACAAAGUGGCAACAGCACAAAACAGUAGCACAAAGAAAAAGCCAUUGCCUAAUAAUGCAGCCGCUGUAAAAAACAGUACCCCGAAGGCUCCCAAAGCACAGGCCUCUUCUUCAGAGUCUGAUAGUUCAGAUUCAGAAACAGUUGUUAAAAAACCCAAAGCAAAUGCUGGACCAAGUAAUUCUGUAGUAAGAAACAGUGAUAAACAGUCGCCAGCCAGCGUUCAAGGAGCAUUUCCCAGCCCAGCUCUUGGAAGGGGGCGAGGAACAGGAGAUGAAAACUUCUGGAGAGGACCGAGGGGCCGCGGGUUUCGCGGGAUGACGAGGGGCCGCGGCCGUGGGAGAGGAGAAAACCAGGGCUUUUUCUAUAACUACGAAACUGAAGGCCAGAAACAGAGGCAGUUAAAUGAAGCAGUGACAAACACUUCAGUUCUUGUGCAGAAUCCUGUGGAGGUCCCCAAGAGAAACUAUAGCGUAUUACCUCUUCUAGCUGCCCCGCCACAAGUGGGAGAAAGAAUUGCCUUUAAGCGCUUGGAACUAACUGAUAAUUACAGUCCUGAAGUUUCAGACUAUAAGGAGGGGAAAAUAAUCAGUUGGAACGCUGAUAAAAAACAGAUAGAGCUUGAGAUCCUUUCGUCGCCCACAGUGGCUAAAGAGCCAGGGAAAUUCGAUCUGGUUUACCAGUCUGCAGAUGGAGCUGAGCUGAUAGAGUACGCUGUUUCUCAGGAUACAAAGAUAACUGAAAGUUGGGAUGCAUUGAUAGAGCCGAGACUGAUCGUUGAGCCUCCAGUUGAUGGAUUGAGCACUGAAAAUGGAAAAAUCUAAGAUAUGAAUAAAUGUAAAUAACUGUAUGGACUGUUCCGUGAAGCGCUACCUUCUAGUUCUGAAGACAGCAGAUCCACUGGUGGAUAUUUUUAAUGAAUGAUUUUUAAAUGAAAUUAUGCCAAAAGAAAAAUAAAUACUUUGUUUUUUUCCCUUA